CUUUCAAUUUGCAUGGCAGUUCUCUUGAGUGAAGAAAAUGAUAUGGAAAGUGAAAAGGUAGUAUGUAAUUUAAUAUUGAAAUAAGGUUACCCAUUUUAUUGAUUAAUUUACUUAUGGUAAUAUUAUUAAUCCUAAAGUUCAAAAUGGUAAUUUUGAUCUUAAUAAUCACAUGAACAUUUUACAUUUUUAGUAGUUUCUUAUGUCUUGAUUUUAUGUUCUAAUUUGUUUCAAUUUUUUUUUUACAGCAGCUGGAUAAGAUGUGCCAGAUUUUACACUGUAUCACUCACCUUGCUGUUUCCACUUUAAAGUCUUUACAACAAACGUACAGUGGUAAAGAUGAUAAGAGCACCCAAGUCAAAUUAGUUGUACCACAAUCUUUAAAAGAGAUAGCUAUUAUUAUGCAUGGUAAGAAAAUUUCAUAAAUUUAAAUUUAAAAUAAUUAAUUCCAUGAGUGCAUCAGAACAUGAUCAUACCUGUUUGCUCUUAGAGCUCUUAAAAAUUUUGUUAAAUUUUCGAGUUUUGAAAUUUUUAGUUUUAGCCCUUUCUAUAAACACCUUUAUAAAAUAAGAGAACAGAGUAGGGUUAAACCUGAAAAAAGAAACGCAACAAAACAAUGAACAUGUCCGCAGAAAACCUUCGUCAGCGAUCAAAACAACAGAAGAAACGGUACAAAAAUAAAAAUAAGAAGUAGCACUUAGCUUGGAAGUAGUAUCUGUUGGCAGCAAAAGAAAUGUGACAGAAAGUAAGUGAGUGAGAGAUUAAAUAGGGAAGAGUGAACGAAAAGAGGAGGAGAAAGUCCACUGCGAUAGGUCAGAACGUGGAGGGGCGGAGCUAGGGUAAAGCUGUGAAAGGAGACACGGCAUUCAUCCCAUGUGGCGUCAAAGGACCAUAAGUCAGGAUAAGAAGCCCCACCUCACUUUUGUUCCAGUAACUUCGGCAGGCAUCCUCAAUUUCUGCUCCCCCACCACAUCUUCGUCUACCAAAGUGGCAAAUGAUGGGCAUAUGUCAGUCAUCUACUUUGAAAAAUGACCUUUUUUUAGACAUGUGAUGUGAAUAGUUAUUGUAUACAUGAUGCUGUACGUUUGUUUACUAUUACAAUACAUUUUUGAGAUGGUAGAGUACUAUUUUGAGACUGUAGUGUACUAUAUUGGGAGUUGCAGUGUAAACAGGACUGUGACUUUGGAUGUAAUCUAGCAAGGGAAAAUGGUGAAGAGAUUCGUGGUUUUAUUUUUCAGUUUCCUUUUAACCUGCAUAAAGACCUAUUAGAAAACUGUUUUUGAACUUUAUCCCCUAGUAUCUUUGCAUGAUUUACAAAUAUAUAAUAAACAUUUAAUGGGGGGUAUCACAGAUAUGAUUAUGAAAAAUAAUGGGAGAUAAGUAAUAUGGUAAAUAUUUCUUAUGUAAUAUAUGAGUGUUGGGACUUGUUGGGGAGAAACUGGCCAGAGAAAAGUGGGGGAGUUGAAGAAUGGAGUUUGUUUUGAGAAGACUGAACAGAGACGACUGUUAAUGUUGUAAUGAAGAUUUACACUGUGUUGAUACAAAUAUCAUGUAAGGCGUAAGGAAGAUUAUAUUAUCCAGAAGUUUGUAAAUGAAAUUCAUGUGAUAUAAUUUCCAAGUGUAUUUGGAUUUUUGUGAAAUGUAUUUAUUUCUUAUUGUGAAUAUGGAUAUUAAAAUAUCAGUCACUAUUUGAACCAAUUCGCCUCUAGUAUUAUUUACAACAUAAUUGUGCAGUGACACGGUCUAUCGAUUUUAUGGUGUAAUAUGCAAGUCAAUUUAAGUUAGAACUAAGGAUCAUUUUUUGUUUUGUUCUAACUUAAUUUUAAUGUGGAAAAGGCAUGAAUUUCAAUUUUACUAUUUACAUAUUUCUUAAAAUGAAGACCUUUUAUUUAAUCCUGAAGGAGUUCUUCCGACGUUAACCAAUGACAGGAAUUCAUUGAAAGAUGACAUGUGCCGCCUUUUUGAAACAUGGUGGGUUUGGAGACUACCUGGCUGUGAAGAGUUAAUGGGGAAUACUAUCGUUUAUCUCCUCUUCAAAAGUACACAGGCGAAAUCAACGGUGUGUGUUUAAAAUAUAAUUUAAAAAAAAACAAAAAAACUUUCUAUUUUCCUCAAGCAAUAAUUUCAUGUGGAAUUACAAAAUGUAAAAAAAAAAGGUUUUUAAUGAAAAAAAUGCAGACCUUAAAAACUAGAGCUGGAGUUUUGUUUAAUACGGUUUUUAAAAGGGACAAAAUUGUAAUAUUCCUGAGCUCGCUUUAAUGCCCUUAAAAUGUUAGGCUGGGUAACCUUGAAACAAAUUUGUUUGUUUAUUAUUAUUUAACAAAAUACUUUAGCUUAAUUCAGGCACAGAUAAAAUAGCUUACAUGUAUUUCUAAUUACAGAAAGCAGAUGUUUCUCGUGUGAAAGCAGUACAGAAAGUACUUUCAGCCAUAGAACUCAACAGUGACAAUGCAUCAGUUGUUGUGUCGUUAUUAUUGCAGUGCACAUACCAUCAUCAGUUUGUGAAUUCUCCAAUGG